AUGUCCGACGAAGAACUAAAGACGGUGUUUAAAUCUUUCUGUGCUUUUGGGGCAGGGAGUAAAGACGCUCAACCUGAGAUGGACAACGCAAAAUUUGCAAAACUUUUUCGUGAUCUAAAAUUAUACGACAAAAAAUUUACCUCCACAGACACAGAUAUUAUUUUCAACCGACCCGAAGUCAAAAAGUAAGAACGAAGUCCAUCCUUUUUUUCAACAAAAAAAAUAUGUCACUUCUUGCUUUUGUUAACGUUUAACUAUCCUCUUGCAGCAAGACGGAGCGGAAAAUUCGCUUUGAAGGUUUCAAGAAAGCUCUGGAAUUGUGUGCAGAGAAGAAGUACGGAAACAAAGACGAUGUGCAGAAGUUGAUCGACAAGAUAUGCGGUGGAAAAGGUCCAGCAACCGUCGGAGCUACGGUAAGAUAAUGUGAAUUGUUUUAUUUAUCAACAGAUACGGUUUUGCAAUUUACUUACUUCAGGUACGAGACUAAUUGUGAUAACUCAUUUUCUUUUUGAACUACACAUCACAAGAUAUUUCUGACAUCCCCUUCCUCGUGCUCCUUACGUAGGUUAUAAAGUGAGAUAACCAUUUUCUUCUCUAGUCGCGUCGAUAAUGAUUAUGUUAGUAAGUGCCCUCGGAUUUCCAUCGAACGUUCUCGAUUGGUUUCUUUAUGUCCUCAAGUAAUCAUAAUUAAUUCAAAUUCCUGGGUUACAAUGUACUAUUUAGCCAACAUGGAUAGCUGAUAAUUAAAGAAACUUACAUAUGAGAAUCUGUAUCAAUAUUUCGAUCAUAUUGAAAAUUUUCCUCAAAUCGUUAGUAAUAUUUGUAUUGAUGUAGCUCUACAUCUCCAAGAAUUAUCGUUGUCAGACUUGAAAAGGCUAUCAUUGUCGUUUGUAAAUAUUUGUCAAACUUUUCUUGAGGAGCGAACCAUGGAUGGUUUCGGUUUCAAGAAUCUUUCAAGGUUGAAGAGAUGCAAAAUAAUUUUCUCCUUGCAUUUUUGAAAAAUCCUAUACCAAACGGUUUUUGAUGCUUUGAUGGGGGGUGGCACACCACUUGUGGGAAAUUUUAUCUAGCGGUCUGCUGCUAAGGAUUUUAAAGCCUAGCAUUGAAAGUAUUUCAAGUAUUUCAUUCAGUGUGCUACUCCCACUAACCACACAGAAUGUUUGGAAUUGGAUUUCAAAAGUUGCCCAAAACCAAACUUUUGUUGGAAAUGGAGAUGAAUACUGCAAGCCUCCAGGUUUACACCCUUUUCAAGGCUUCUGGUUCACCAAGAUACCCUAUGCAAGAGGUUGAAUAGGGAAGGGCUCAAGACCCUGAUAACCAGACUGCAAAUAUCAACUCCUUUUAAAUAACUGACUUGCGUUCUGUUAUUGUUUGCAGAAACAAAGCAAGACAGGUGGAGUUGAUAGAAUGACUGACACCUCAAAAUACACUGGAUCACACAAAGAACGUUUUGAUGAGGGUGGAAAAGGCAAGGGAAUAGAGGGUCGCGUAGACAGGGAUGAAAAAGCUGCUGAAGGCUAUGUAGGGGGUUAUAAAGGAAAAGAUACUUAUGAUAAGAAACAUUAGAGCAGAAGUUGUAACACAGGCUCUUUUAUACCAUAGUGUGUGUGCUUGAUUCACUUUUAGAAGUUUAUGUUUGACAUUAUAAAAUGUAAACAACGUAGAAACAUUGAUAUUUUAUCAGGAUUGUGUGUUACCACUGGAGUGAUCAGAUUAAUUUGUUUGGAUUAGCCUUACUGACAGGGUCUUCUCUAAUUAACCAUGUGAAAUUAUUCGGUAGUUGGGAGCUUAAUUUAUUUGCAAUAUAGGGCAACAACCCUGGCAAUUUUUAAUAAUAUAAAUUUUAAAUCAAAGCAGCAAAUGAAGUUAACAGAUCUUACAUGCAGUUUGAAGCAGAGUUUCUAAUUUAAAUGCUCAUAAGGAUGUGAUAAAUUGUUGCAUGCUUCCUUGUAUCAAAACGACAAAAAAGUAGUACAAGCAUGAUAGGUUGUGUGAAAUUAUUCAGUGGUUGGUAACUUCAGUGGUUGGUAACUUCAGUGGUUAUGUGAAAUUAUUCAGUAGUUGGUAACUUAUUUUAUUUGCAAUGUUGGACAGUGACUUUGCAAAUUUUUAUUCAUUAAAAUUUUAAAUAAAAGCAGCAAAUAAAGUGAACAGAUCGUACAUGCAGUUUGAAGUAGAGUUUCUAAUUAAAAUGUUCAUAAGGAUGUGAUAAAUUGUUCCCCACUACCUUGUAUCAAAACUAUAAAAAAAAAAGUAACAAGCAUGGUUGGUUAUCAGCACCCCAGUUUAAAUGUUUAAUUUGUGUCAUUGUGUGAGGGGAGAAGAAAUAACAGAGGGGGCUUCAAAUCUUGGAAAAAAAGUUUUUGAAUAGAAACCAAAAGAAAUUAAAAUUGAAGUCUUGAGCAAGUUUCUAUAUUUUGGUUGCUUCAUCACACAUUUGGGGGCCUAAAGCCAUUAACAUUGUAAACAGAAAAUACUUUGAAUCCUCACCAAUACUUUUAGCAGCUGUAGUGUGAACACUAUCCACUAAAUUAGACAUAUGUACAUCCAAGAGUUGUUGGUGACAGUCU